AUGUGUCAGGAUGACGGCGAGCAGCAGCCGCUGGCCGGCAGGGCGCAGGGGGUGCAGGACGGCGGCUCCGCGCGGCACCGGAGGACUCCUCUUGCUUGGAACCCAGAGGCGACCAGCUUCUCCGCCGACUCCAUCGGCCACGCGGUGGCCUGGUCCCCCAGCGGCACAACGAUCGCCACCGGCCGGGGGGACAAGGACACGCGCAUCUGGCAGGCCUCGGAGGCCAACCCCGCGCUCUGGACCUCCGUGGUGGCGAUCGGGGGGCCGCAGGACUACGUCACCGCCCUGGGCUGGUCCCCGGACGGCGGCUGCCUUCUGACCGGGAACGUCGACAGCCGAGUCCGGAUCUGGGCGUCCGCGGGCACUGCGCCAGUGCAGUGGGAGGUGCUCGCCACGCUGCGGGGCCACUCGAGCCCGGUGACGGCCGUGGCGUGGUCCCCGGAUGGCGGCAGGAUCGCAUCUGGGGACUGCGGCAGGUCUGUGCGCAUCUGGGAGCGCAGCGGCGAGAGCCUCGAGCGGUGGGCGGAGGUCGAGGUGGACCCUCCCGCGGCACACUCCGGCGGCGUCACGGCCGUGGCCUGGUCGCCCCAAGGGGACGCGUUGUUGACGGGCGGCGGGGAUAAGGCGGCCCUCGUCUGGCAGGCCACCGACGAGGAGGGCUCGCGCUGGGUGGUGGCUGCCACCCUGGCCGGCCACGCGGCCGCCGUGGUCGGCGUCUCGUGGGCUCCAGACGGCCGGGCGGUGGCGACGGCCAGCGAGGACCGCACGGCUCGGGUCUGGCGCGCUACGGACCCCGAGAUGCUGAGUUGGGAGGUGGCCGCCACGCUGCCAGGUCACGGCUCCAAGGUGACCGCCGUGGCCUGGUCACCAGACGGCCUGCGGCUGGUCACGGGGGGCGGCGACCAGAGGAUCCGCGUGUGGCAGGCGAGCGGGGACGCGUGGGACGUGGUGGCAACGCUGCUUGCCGAGGAGGAGCCGGAGGAGGAGGCGGCGGGGCAGGGGCGGGUGGCGCGGAGGACGAGCAAGAUCGGGCUGAGGUCGGAGGGCGGCAUCAUCAUGCCCACCGACGUCGUGACCGCGGCGGGCUGGUCGCCGGACGGCACCAAGAUCAUCGCGGGCUGCGGCCACGCCAGCACGUACGUGUGGCAGGAGGGCCGCAGCGGCUGGCAGAGGCGGCGCGUCUGCUUGGGCCGCGGCACCCGGCGCAGCGGCGCCCCCGCGCUGUCCCCGCCGCGGACGCGGACCCGGGGCGGCGGCGGCGUGGGCGCAGCUGAGGUGGGCAACGAGGUCCCAGGGGUGGAAGACUUCACCGACAGGCCUUCGAUGGCCUGGGGUGCGCCGCAGCUUCACAUCUUCGCACGUGAACUCCUCGCGGCCUCGGCUGGCGGCUGGCUCUCGCGGCCCGCGGCGCCGGAGGGGCCUCUCUGCAUCUGCGAGCCACGGCUCGAGUGCCCGGCGUGCUCGCUGGGCUGUGCGCCGUGCCCGGAGCGCGCGGUGGAGUGCCCGGCGGUGGUGUGCCAGUGCGCGCCUGCUGGGACGACGCAGCCGGAGUGCCCGGCGGCGUCGGUGCCCUCUGGGAAGGGCUGGUCGCUCUCGCUGGGCUUGGGCGGCUGGGGGCUGCUGCCGCUCGCAUUCCUUGCAGGCCGGCUGACAGCCGGCUGCCCGCGGCGGGAGGGCACGAUGGCGCGUGCUCCAGACAUCCACGAGACCAUGGUGGCCAUCAACUUCGACGACGACGACCACUUCCGCUGGCAUGUGCGCAUUCUGGCUCAUCGGUUGGACGACCUUCGGUGGGUUGCUCUCUCGCCGGACCUGGAGGUGCUCGUCCUGGACCUCUCUCGGCAUCUCGUGGUGCCGGUGGCGCGUGGUGCUCCCUUUCCAGCCAGGAUCGCGGGCGACGUCUACUCGAGCGACCGCUUCGACGAGGCGGCCUUGCAGGCGGCCAGACAGGUCGUGCCGGUGGAGAUCACUCGGAACGCCUUGAGGAUGGUCAUCAAGGGAAGCGCUGGGCUUGCCGAGGUGGAAGAGAAUGGAGAGCGUUUCUGGACCUUCGUGGAGCGAGUGGCGAACCAGGAUGUCGAGGACUGGCGGGAGGAGAAGACCAGUGGACGUGGCCGAGAUGCCCGCAUCCUCCCCAUCCAGAGGGACAUGGGCCGCUCGAGGUUCGCCAAGCUGAAGGAUGCCCUCUCCGAGAUGACGUUCCUGGAGGACCCGCCGCCAGCCGACUGGCCGUUUGCCGGUCCGCAGGCUAUCAAGGAGGUGCUGGUGGCGGCCCGAGCUGCGAACGAGGACUUGACCGGGUUCCACGAGCACUGGGUCAGGCUGUACCAGGAGGAGGAGGACAAGCGCAAGGGCUCCACGGACAAGGGGCCGAAGGGCGGCAAGGAGAAGGCCUUUUUCCGCUACCACUACGCCUUCCUGAGGUGGCGGAGAGCGGAGGUGGCGCCCGUCACCUGUCCCGGCGGCGGCGCCGGCAGUCGCGAUCUGAAGAGCUGGGCUCUCACGCUCGAGACGCCCAGCCGCCUUUCUUCUCAGAGCAUCACGCCCGCGCAGGACGGGGCGCUCAACAACAUCGGACGUGCCGUGGCACACUUUCUCCCAACUCCGGACUUCACCAGCGAGUUUCCUGAAGGUGCCCUCCAGGAGAUCAUCAAGUGCAAGUCCAUCUACGACAUCGAUGAUGACAGUACCGUGGCGUCUUAUGACCCCGAGAAGCUGGCCGUCUUGCAUCGGCCUGGGGCUCCCGUCCCUGCUCUCGAGUUGGUCGGCGAGGAGUGCAGGCCGUAUCUCGAGGAUCCCGACUCCCUCAUCGUCCUGCCGCCGCUGGAGUUGGCCGCGAUCGAGGACCCCGUCGUGCCGCACUGGGACCCGAAGCUUGGAGGCUCUCAGGAAGCUCGCAGGGACUUCGUUGAUCGGCUUAGCCGUGUGGGGCUUAUCUCAUGGAGGAGGCGGGAGCGCUGCAGGGUCGGAGCUUUCUUCGCCAAGAAGAAGAAUGACGCGAUCCGCCUCGUCUUGGACUGCAGGCCGACCAACCAGCUGCACAGGAAGCCGCCGAAGUCGGACCUCGCCACACCUGGCGCUCUCUCGAACCUCGUGCUGGCGGAGGAGUGGUGCCGUCUUUCGGCGGAUGACCUCCCAGCCUGUGACAAAGGCUCAGGGAGCAUUGACCAGCUCGACCUCUCGUGUGCGGGUAUGGACCUCAAGGACGGCUUCUACCAGUUCAGGGCGGACAGCGUGGCGAGGUUCGCCGAGGCCGUGGUGCUGAGGCGCUGGACGAGGGCCGCCUCCGCGUGCUGCCCGCUGCCGCCCAGGAGGCGGCGCCGCUGGCCGUGGCGCGCCCUGCGGAGGACGCGGGCCUGGCCGCGGUGGAUGUGCGGCUUGCAGGUGCGGCUGCCGUGGCGCGCCCCGUGCGGCCCUCCAGGCCAGUACGGGAACCUAGGCCAGAAGUCCGUGCACCGCCGGGCCUUCGGCGUCAGGGCAAGGCGAUAUGAGGCCGCCUAUGCUGAUGUGGUGCGCUUCCUGGGCCGCUGCGUCCCCAGUGCCAAGAGCCUUGAGGCGUGGGACCGUGCGCUGGAGGACUACAUCGAGAAGCUCUAUCUUGCGGGAGAUCGCAUCACCGUGGCCAGGUACGCUUUCCAUGGGGUCGCGUUCGUCAACGAGUGGCCCCGGCGAGACCCCUCGCUGCUGCCGAGGUCCCGGCUGGCCCUCCUCGGCUUUGCCCGGUCGUCGCCUGAGCACUGCCGUGACCCGCCCUGUAUGGAGCAGGUCUACCUGGCCAUCGACUACUUCAUCGGGCGCGCUGCCGGCCAGGACCUUCUGCUGUACGCCAUGGCGGCCGCGCACGCCUGGAUCAGCGUCGACUGCUACCUCAGGACGGGUUCGUUGGAGGUGGGCCAGGACGGCAAGGACUUCCACCGCCACCCGGACGAGCUCCUGCUCCACGGCGAGAGGCCCCUGCACGAGUGCGCCAAGAUGAACGCGGCCGCGUGCGCCAAGAUGCUGAUCGGCGCGGGCGCCGCGGUGGACGCGCUGGACGCGGAGGGCGCGACGCCCGCGGAGCACGCCGCGCGGGCCAAGCACCGCGGCGUGCUGGAGAUCCUGGUGAUGAGCGGCGCGCUGCUGGGGGACGACCUGGUCCUGCCGGCCUCCUCCCGCAACAUCCAGCUGGAGCCGAGCACGGAGGAGGCCUCGGGGAGGAGUCGCUGCGCCCCGCCUCCUCGCAGCACGCCGCCUCGCAGGCCGGGCUCAGCCUGGUGCCCUCAGGGCAGGGCUCCUCGUUCUACACGGUCGACCGGGCCCACAAGGAGGACCUACGGUCCUUCCGGCUCUAUGUCGAGCACCACGGGUUGA